UAGCCGGUAGACGGCAGUGUUGCCCUUUUGGCGCAGGCUUUACUUUUUCUUUUUCAUUUUUUUCCUUUAGCUCAGUUCUUUUUUAGUAGCAUCCAUGUGUCUAAUCUUUUAAGUAAAUGUUGGAUUGUUUUUGAAAAUUGUGCUCCCGACCAUGGGGAAAAGAGAUAACCGAGUGGCAUAUAUUAAUCCAAUAGCUGCUGCUAGAGCACGUGGGCCACCUGCCUCAUCUGGUCCAUCAAUACAGGAUUAUCUUAACAGACCUAGACCAACCUGGGAGGAAGUAAAGGAACAACUUGAAAAGAAAAAAAAAGGAUCCCGAACACUAGCAGAAUUUGAAGAAAAAAUGAAUGAAAGAUGGAAAAAAGAACUUGAAAAGAACAGAGAGAAAUUACUUGGUGGAAAUGAAAGCCUGGCUAAAAAAAAGGAGAAGAAAAGAAAAAUUAAGAAAAAGCAUAGCAGGCAUUCUUCAUCUUCCUCCUCUUCAUCCACUUCUGAUUCUUCCAGUUACUCGUCAGAUUCUGAUGAGGAGAAAGAAGAAAAGAGCCAUAUUAGGAAGAAGCGAAAGAGAAAACAUAGUUCAGCAAAAAUUUCAGGAGAAGAGUAUCGAUCUGAAUCAGACUCUGAAGCAAAGGAGUCUGCCAAGAAGAAGAAAAAGAAAUCUAAAGAAGAUCCUGAAAAGGAAAAGGAGGAUAAGACUUCUGGCAGCAACAAAAAAAAGAAAAAUGACCGAAACUACAGGCAGUCUUCCUCUGAAUCAACUUCUGAAACUGACAUGGAAGAAGAUGCUGAAUCAAGGCUCAAAAGAAUUAAGACAGAAGAGAAAGAUGGAUCUAAUGGUAAAUCAAAGAAUAAAAAGAAGCACAAGAAACAAGGGAAGAAGAAGAAAAAGAAAGCAUACAGUUCAAGCUCUGAUUCCUUAUGAUGUGGAGAAAGACAAUUAUAUGAAGUAUGCAGCAGCAAAGGAGCUGCAUACCGGUUUUAAGAUUUGGCUUUUGUUAUUUAUCAAGGAAAUAAAUCCUGCAUGAUUCUUCCUCAGAUGUCUACUGUUGCGAAAGCUGGUUUGAAAUGUAUUGAUUUCAGAACUUGGGAUUAUUUUAAUUCAGUUUGUUACAGUGUGAUUCUACCUAAUUGCAAUAGUAGAAACUGGAAGCUUAUAAAACAUUUAAAAUAACUUUAAUGUAUAUUUUAUACCAAAUGCUGUGACUUCAAAAUAGGGCUUUGUCAUUUUUUGUUUUACGUUUAUUUAACUUUGUCUUUUUUUUUUUAAAUAAAUAAAAAUGCCUUUUUUCUAGAGAGUGUUUUUGUGCGGGCCUUCAAAUGCUUUAUGAAUAUUUUAUAUGGGCAUACAUUCCUUUUGAGUACAUUUACCUCUUUUGAGAAGUUCGCCUACAUGUUUCAACACUUGAAAUCCAUUACGUGGACUGUCUUUGUUCUACUACUCCAAUGGUCUCUUUAUUGGAAAUACUGUUAAUCAUAUACUUAGAAGCUUUUGAUCUUCUUGUGACAUCUUUGAAAGUGUUGUUCAGCUUUGAUUUGGCAUUUUUAUUAUUCAAAUUUUGUUAUACACUUUGUAAACCUUAUGUAUGUUAACUUAGAACUGCAGGUUCGUAGUCCAAAAAUCAUAGUACAUUUGUCAUUUUAUUUUAAAUACAGGCUUCAUAUUGAAGUAUGUCCAGACAUAUAUUUGUUUUCAGUAACUGUGUACAGAGUUUUGAUUAGAUUUAUGUCUACAGAUCAAUAAAAAUCCUGUUUUCUGACUCUAA